CUUUGUUUCCCCUCAAACCCAUAAACCAACCACCUUUUCUCUUUCUCUGAUCUCCACUCUAAGAAGAAAGAAAAAAAAAAUGACAUUGAAUAGCCAAAUUGAAAGCCUAUGGCUUUUAGCUUUGGCUUCAAAAUGCUCAUCUCUCACCGAACAAAACUUCCUUUUCUCUUCACUCCUCCUCCUCCUUAUUUCCUUUCUCCUCUCCAUUUUCUAUUGGGCCCAUCCCGGCGGCCCAGCUUGGGGCCGCCGCCGCCGCUCCUCCGCCCUCAUCCCUGGCCCAAGAGGCUUCCCAGUCAUCGGUAGUAUGAACUUGAUGACGGGUCUGGCUCACCAAAAAAUUGCCUCCGUAGCCAAGUCCUUACAAGCUACUCGUCUCAUGGCUUUUUCCCUUGCCAACACUCGAGUGAUUGUCACCUGCCAUCCCGACGUAGCCAAAGACAUCCUCAAUAGCUCCGUCUUUGCUGACCGCCCGAUCAAAGAAUCGGCUUACUCCUUGAUGUUCAAUCGUGCCAUUGGAUUCGCUCCUUACGGCGUUUAUUGGCGAACCCUCCGUCGGAUUGCUUCCCAACAUCUCUUCUCUCCUAAACAAAUCAAAUCCUCGGAAUCACAACGCCGUCAAAUCGCUUCCCAAUUGGUCAAAAUCCUCUCGUCAACUGCCACGUCAUCCACCCAUCAUCGCAUUCGUCAAACUCUUAAAACCGCUUCUUUGAAUAGCAUGAUGGGUUCGGUUUUUGGGCGGUUUUAUAAUCUCUCUGACUCUAAUCCUGAAGUUGAGCUACUUCAAAGCCUUGUGGACGAAGGGUAUGAUUUAUUAGGCCUUCUUAAUUGGUCUGACCAUCUCCCUUUCUUGGGUGAUUUCGACCCACAAAGAAUCCGAUUUAGGUGCUCCCGUUUGGUUCCCAAAGUGAACAACUUCGUCACCCGCAUCAUCGACGAACAUCGUCAAAAUUCAAACCGUGAAACUAUGGAUUUCGUCGAUGUUCUUCUCUCUCUUCAACAAAACGAAAAUCUCUCUGACUCCGAUAUCAUCUCUGUUCUUUGGGAAAUGAUAUUUAGAGGAACUGACACAGUGGCUGUUUUAAUCGAGUGGAUUCUAGCGAGGAUGGUUGUUCAUGAGGAUGUGCAAAAGAAAGUAGAAGAGGAAUUAGAUAACGUGGUUGGAAAAUCGCGUGCCGUGAUGGAAUCAGACAUUCCGUCGUUGGUGUAUUUAACGGCGGUGGUUAAGGAAGUUCUGAGGUUGCAUCCACCAGGCCCACUCCUCUCUUGGGCUCGUAUUGCUAUUACGGAUACAACCAUUGAUGGGUAUCACGUGCCACGUGGGACUACUGCUAUGGUAAACAUGUGGUCGAUAGCCCGGGACCCACAGAUCUGGUCGGACCCACUUGAAUUUAUGCCUGAGAGGUUUCUGUCAGCAGGUCCAGGUGGUGGUGGUGACGUGGAGUUUUCUAUCAUGGGUUCCGAUCUCCGACUAGCUCCAUUCGGAUCGGGUCGGAGAACUUGUCCUGGAAAAGCACUUGCUUGGACAACCGUCACUUUCUGGGUCGCUACACUUUUACAUGAAUUUAAAUGGUUGCCUUCUCCAAACCAAAACCAAGUUGUCAACUUUGAUGAAGUUCUCAAGUUGUCUUGUGAGAUGGCAAAUCCACUCACCGUUAAACUAUGUCCAAGACGUAUUUCAAAUAAUUAAAUUAAAAUAAAAUUUCUAAAUAAUUUUAAUAAAUUAAUAAUAUUAAAGAAAUAUAAAUAUAAUAUAUAUAUUAUAUGGGUUUAGGGUUUAAAAAGGGAAAAAAAAAAAAAAGAAAAGAAAACCCCCACAAGAUGUUUGGCUUUCUAGGAAUGUGUUCCUCGUACAUUUUUACAUCAAGCUCUUAUUUUCCCCCUUCUCCCUUUUUCUUUUUCAUGUAAAUAUUAAUGGAAUGAAAUUUGACUUAUUGCCAUACAA